AUGGGCCGCGUUCGCACCAAGACUGUGAAGAAGGCGGCCCGAGUCAUCAUCGAGAAAUACUACACGCGCCUGGGUAAUGACUUCCACACCAACAAGCGCGUGUCCGAGGAACUCGCCAUCAUCCCCAGCACAAAGCUUCGGAACAAGAUAGCCGGCUAUGUCACGUGUCUGAUGAAGCGGAUUCAGAGAGGUCCCGCGAGAGGCAUCUCCAUCAAGUUGCAGGAAGGAGAGAGAGAAAGAAGAGAUUAUUAUGUUCCUGAGGUCUCAGCCCUGGAUCAGGAGAUCACUGAGGGAGAUCCUGACACCAAGGAGAUGCUGAAGCUUCCGGACUUUGUCCGUCUCUCUAGCCCCCAGGUCACUCAGCCUGCAGUUGGGAAGAAUUUCAAAACACCAUGUGGAGCUGUUUAGUCCGUUAUGCCAUAUUUUCAAUAAAUCUGAAUAUGAAACAAACAAACAAAAAACAAAAACAAAAAACAAAAAAAAGAGGGACCAUAUUAUCAGAAUGGAAAAACUAACUCAAGAAAAAAUAUAAAGAAGAUAGUUUUAUUCCUGCUACAUAGAAAGGUGGGUUUUUCCUGGAGCCAGG